AAUAAAAACGAGCCAAUAAUUUUAGAACCGAGCAACAAGGGACUGAAUCAUAAUGUCCCUCUUUCUAAGUUUCUUUAAACAUAAUUAAGGAGUAAUCAUAUGUCCUAUAAGUACAAUACAUUAUUAACUUACUUAUAUUAAGUCAUACUUUUUUUUCUGAGAUAUAAUAUAAAUAUUAUACAACACUGAAUAAAUACUAUUGUGACCUAGACAGUUCCAUAGGAAAUAAAUUUAUUUUGAACGUCAUUAUUUGUUGGAUGAUAAAAUUUUGCUUGUCAUCUGCAACACAACUUUUUCUAUAGAAGAAAAUAGUAAUAUCUAUAUUUGUGAAAUGGCGUUGGCAGAAAUAGCUGGUAUUGCAAACGCACCAUUCUUUAAAGAUAGAAAUAAUAUAAUGAGGUUUUCAAGUCAAACAUACAACCUUGAGAACCCGUAUUGCUUGUUGGCACCGCCAUCUAAUGGGCUAGUGAAUAUAGGAUCUAUGCAGGCCGCUGGAGCACAAAGCAGUACUAAAAUUAAUUACGAUCACGGUACUACAACUUUGGGAUUCAAGUACAAAGGUGGCGUUAUAUUGGCCGUUGAUUCUCGUGCGACUGGUGGUCAAUUUAUUGGUUCCCAAGAAAUGAAAAAAAUUGUAGAAAUCAACAAAUAUUUGUUGGGUACAUUGGCUGGCGGUGCUGCUGAUUGUGUAUACUGGGAUCGUGUUCUUUCAAAGGAAUGCCGCCUGCAUGAACUACGGAACAAAAAGCAUAUUUCUGUGGCAGCUGCAAGUAAAAUCAUGGCGAAUAUUGCUCAUGAGUAUAAGGGCAUGGGCUUGAGCAUGGGUAUGAUGCUAGCUGGCUAUGAUGAUAAAGGUGCUGGUCUAUACUAUGUCGAUUCGGAAGGAUCUCGAUCGCCAGGAAAUAUAUUUUCCGUGGGAAGUGGUUCAAUUUAUGCGUAUGGUGUACUUGAUUCAGGUUACAAAUAUGAUUUGGAGGAUCAAGAAGCCUACGAAUUAGGGCAACGUGCUAUAUAUCAUGCAACAUUCAGAGAUGCUUAUUCCGGUGGCAUUAUUCGAGUGUACCACUUAAAAAAAGAUGGUUGGAUAAAAAUAUCGGAGCGCGAUUGUAAAGAUCUUCACUUUAGAUACCAAGAAGAAAAAAAUUAAUAAUUUUUUAAUCAAUCCAUAAAAUCAAGAAUCAAUGUAGUUAUUUUUAAAUAAAGUUUUACUAUAGAUAUGGUUAAAAGCUUUAA